AUGCAGGUGACGAAAAGCCUUGCUGAGCUGUGCGCUCUUCUUGUCGACGAUGUCUAUGGCGAACUGCCAUCGCGCAUUUUUGCCGCUCUCAUGAGCAAGGGCCGAUCAUCAAUCCCACAGCUCAUUCAGUACACCUCGCUCACCACCCGGCAACUUCGCCAUGGGCUCGUAGUGCUCGUGCAAAACAACCUCCUGUACUGGAAAGUCGAGUCCGGCCAUGCCAUCUACGCACCGAAUGUCGACGCCGCCUAUAAUAUUGUUCGCAUCGGCAAGAUCUUGGACAUGAUCGGUGCCGUCUACGGCGAAGAAGAGAAGGAGGUCACGCAGAACUUGUUGAGUAUGGGUCAUGCCAAGGUCGAGGAUCUCAGGGACGCCUACCAAGCCAAGUUCAAGCAAGCUGCCCGGCUCGCCACGACCGUCAACGGAGAUGCGGAUCACGACGACGAAGACGAGUCCGGCGAGGCCAAGAAGGACAGCAAGACUGGGCUUUACGUCAAAUCGCUGGAGCAGCUCGACGACGUUCUCUGCCGGCUGAUCCAGGCCGAGCUGGUCGUCACGGUCACCGAAAGUUCUUUCCGGAGCUUGGACGACAAGUACAAAGCCCUCGAAGACGAGAUUAUCAAGACCUUCUUCGCCGGAGGCGUCCGUGGCACCAAGGGCAAGGAGGACUAUGCUAGUAGGAGGGCCAAGAGACUGCGGGAAGUACGAGACGAGCCGCUCAGCCUCAAGGGUACACUCCAAUCCAAGAUCUCAGUGAGCAAGCGGAGAAAGUUGUCGGGCUGGAGCUACACAAAUGGCGGCGGUGCCUCUGAAAGCGACUUGAUCAUCGAUGGAGAUGUCGCCUUGCGUGUCAACUACGAUAAAUGCGCCGUAGAGCUCCGCAACCAACAGCUCACUCACGUCGUUUUAGAGGUCUACGGCGAGACUACCGCCGAGGUCUACGCAACUCUGUUGCAGCAACUCAGCAAGAAGAUAUCCAGGUGUCGAUCGGACCCAGAGGUUGACAUUGACGAUGACGAGGAAUAUCCGCACGACCGUAGAGUCUCCACGAACGAGGUUUACGACAAUCUGAGUCCAUCGCUUGACGUUUCCGCUGGUAUUGGUAAGGUGGGUGCCAAGGCAACCGACCGCAAGAGCGCAAACCAGAUCCAGGAACACCCGCCAGACAUGAAGAAGCUGCCAAACGAUGAGGCCGAGGUUGAAGGCGAAGCUAGUUCCGACGAGGAUGAGGAGAUGGAGGUGGAGGAGCACGUUGCAGAGGAUGACGAUGAAGGCGUAGACCUGAAGCCGGUCAUCAAUGGUGCGAAUGGGACGAAGGAAAGCAAGGUCAAAUUCAACGACACAGGACCAGCAAAGCUAUCGCGGAAGGAGCAUUUCCGCCAACAUCUGUUGCUGCUGUGUGAAAGCCAGCACACAUUCCUCCGUCACUGCGCCAUGGAGCAGUGGACUGUUGAUUUCGAGCCGCUCAUGCGAGGUCUGCAACAGAUGGAACUAGACACCAUGAUUGAGCGCAGCGUCGGCCAGACGGGACUCCGACUGGUGCGCAUCCUCCGACGCGUGGGCAAGAUGGACGAGAAGACACUGCCGAGCCUGGCCCUCAUGUCGAAAGGGGAGGUCCAGAAAUUGAUGCUCAAGAUGCAGAUGUUUGGGUAUGUCGACAUGCAGGAGGUACCGCGUGACAACAACCGGACUGCCAGCCGCACCCUGUUCCUAUACUGGACAGACACGAGCCGUUGCCUCGAUCGCCUUCUCGAUAACACGUACAAGGCUAUGCUUCGAUGUCUGCAACGGCUCGAGGUCCAGCGAGAGAUGGAGCGAGAGGUGCUGGACACAGUCAAGCGGGACGACGUCCGUGGUCGGGAGAAGGAGCUGCUCGAGGGGCGGUUCUACAAUCGGUUCGUCCGGAUCUCGGAGAUCCAGGAGAAGCUCUUGGCUCAGGUUGCGAGACUGGACAGCCUUGUUGGCACCCUCAGGGAUUUCUAG